CUCUCUCCCUUUUUCUCUCUCCUCACGCCGAGGCCCCGAGGUCAAUUCCCUUCUCCUUCACCCUCUUCUCGGCCCCCUGCGAAUUGAAAGACUAGACAAGUCACUUUCAUUUUUAAAGUAUUUAUUGCUAUUAUCACAAGCUGUCUGAUCUUUGAUCCCGCCCAGAACAUUUAAGUCUUGCUUGGCAAAGCUAUAUAAUAUUGGUUUUACCUACAAGUCUUAGAAUAAUGGAGACUGAACAGCAAGAGGAGACUUUUACUAAUACAGAAACUAAUGGCAAACGGCCAGCUGAAGAUACUGAAGAAGAACAGGCCUUCAAAAGGUCCAGGAACACUGACGAAAUGGUAGAACUGCGCAUUCUGCUUCAGAGCAAAAACGCUGGAGCAGUUAUUGGCAAAGGUGGCAAAAAUAUUAAGGCGCUUCGUACAGACUACAAUGCCAGUGUUUCAGUCCCAGACAGCAGUGGCCCCGAGCGCAUACUGAGUAUAAGUGCAGAUAUUGAAACAAUUGGAGAAAUUUUAAAGAAAAUCAUCCCUACUUUAGAGGAGUACCAGCAUUACAAGGGAAGUGACUUCGACUGCGAAUUAAGGCUGUUGAUUCAUCAGAGUUUGGCUGGAGGAAUCAUUGGUGUCAAGGGUGCUAAAAUCAAGGAACUCAGAGAGAACACUCAAACCACCAUUAAGCUCUUCCAAGAGUGCUGUCCUCAUUCUUCUGACAGAGUGGUGCUAAUUGGUGGAAAGCCUGAUAGAGUUGUGGAAUGCAUCAAAAUAAUACUGGAUCUUAUAUCAGAGUCACCAAUCAAAGGACGUGCACAGCCCUAUGAUCCUAAUUUUUAUGAUGAAACAUAUGACUAUGGCGGAUUUACAAUGAUGUUUGAUGACAGAAGGGGGCGGCCUGUGGGCUUUCCAAUGCGUGGCAGAGGGGGCUUUGACCGAAUGCCUCCUGGCCGUGGUCGCCCCAUGCCUCCGCGAAGGGAUUAUGAUGACAUGAGCCCUCGAAGAGGACCUCCUCCCCCUCCUCCAGGCCGCGGUGGCAGAGGUGGCAGCCGGGCUCGCAAUCUUCCUCUUCCACCCCCUCCUCCUCCUCGAGGCGGGGACCUUAUGUCUUAUGAUCGAAGGGGCAGACCUGGCGAUCGUUAUGAUGGAAUGAUGAUGCAGUGUCAUGUUAAUGCUUGUGAUGACAUAGAAACACCAGAAAUGUUCGAGGGUGGAUCAGGCUAUGACUAUUCUUACGCAGGGGGCCGUGGCUCUUAUGGUGAUCUCGGUGGGCCCAUCAUUACCACACAAGUAACAAUACCCAAAGAUGUAAGUCUGGCAGGUUCUAUUAUUGGAAAAGGAGGCCAGAGGAUUAAACAGAUACGCCAUGAAUCAGGAGCUUCAAUCAAAAUUGAUGAGCCCUUAGAGGGUUCGGAAGAUCGGAUAAUAACUAUUACAGGCACACAGGACCAGAUUCAAAAUGCACAGUAUUUACUGCAAAACAGUGUGAAGCAGUAUGCAGAUGUUGAAGGAUUCUAAUGCAAGAUAUUUUUUCUUUUUUAUAGUGUGAAGCAGUAUUCUGGAAAGUUUUUCUAAGACUAGUGAAGAACUGAAGGAGUCCUGCAUCUUUUUUUUUUCUUAAAUCUGCUUCUGUUUAAAAAGCCAACAUUCCUCUGCUUCAUAGGUGUUCUGCAUUUGAGGUGUAGUGAAAUUUUUUGCUGUCACCAGAUGUAAUGUUUUAGUUCUUUACAUUAUAGGUGGGUGGGAAUGGGGUGGCUUGCGAAACUAACAUUGGUAUUUUGAAACAGCAGCAGAGAAGGUGGAUUUUAUUUUUUGUUCUAUGUUGAUUGUAAACCGUAAUGUUUUUCUGUCACUUGUGAGCCAUCUGCUUUUAUACCUUUUUGUUGUUGUUUUGGAGAGGAGAGAAAGUACCGAUAGGCCACUUGUCCCAGCAUCCAUUCAAAGCAAUGUACGGAAUGUAAUGCCCUUUUGUAAGAUGUUUUAUGAUUUUAAAAAUAAAUUUAGUGAACCAGUUACUGCAGUCAUUUCUUUAUGCACAUUUCAUUAGCUGUAAAAUUAACACCCGCUACAUCAUUUCCUGAGUUUGGCUUUUUUUUUUCUUCCUAUACCAGAGAAGCAGAACACCCCAUUUCAGUGUUUAGGAAAGUUUUAGGAGUAUUGAUAGUAACAGGCUGACUCCAAACUUUGAUAUCUCUGAAGAAAGUAUAUUGAAUGGUUUUCCCCCCUUUGUUUACUCCAAAUGUAUACCCCUGAUACUGUAUUGCAAUGUGUUGGUUUGAAUAAAAUCUUGCAAAACUUUGUCAAUGAAUAGCAAGUAACUGUAGAAAAAUACCAGAAGUUUAGUAAUUUCUAUCCUUGGCAAUUCUGCCCAUAUCCAACUGUAACCUGUUAAAAAUGUUUCCAUUGUAUAAAGACUUGAAUGAAAUUGUUGUAUCUCCUUCCUAUUUUAUUUGCAUAGCAACUUGUGUGCGCGCAAAAUCAAAAAAUCUCUUAUGUAAAAUUUCAGCAUUUGUAUCGAUAGUUUUCAAGUUUUAUUUCUCUUGAAUAAACACUGUAAUGUCUGACUGGACACAAGAUGUCCAGAUUUCAACAUCAA